UUAAGAUAUAUCCAAAGAAAACGAACCACUCGAAUCAAAAUCUUUGGAGCUCGCCUCUGUAUUCGGUUCUCUCCCUCUCCCUCUCCCUCUCCGGUGUUGUUAUCGGUGGACGGACGACGAUGGCGUUUGCCAAAUCUUCAUAUUAUAUCUUGCCAUUGGUUUUCGCUUUAUUUACGCUUCUGUCCUCUUCCAACGCCUUGGCUUCGACUCCUCACCCAAAAGCCAUUGCUGAUUUGAAAGAAGGAAUUUUGAAGUUAUUGGGAUUCCAAGCCGAUGAUGUUGAGAUAUCAGGGUUCGAUUCGAGGGAUGCACUUGUGGGUCAUUCAGUGGCAUAUGAAUUCGACGUUGAAAUCGACAGAAAGGUGAUUCCUGUUAAGCUUUUGGAGGAUGUGAAUCGAUGGGAGUACGUUGAUUUGCCCUUUUUGAGGGUUGAAGAGCUAGCUAGACCCGGUGUUGAUAAUGGGUUGGUAGAGCAGAAGAGGAUAUCGGACGAUGGGCUACCCGUUUUGGUCCCCUUUCAGUUGGCUGGUCCCAUGGAGCUCUGGAUUCAGGAUGCCAAGGAUAUACGCAUCUCCCUGCCGCAUGAUGUGGAUGCUGGUGUGUUGAAGAAGGUAAUAUUAGCAGAUGGUGCUGUGGUAACUGUCACGGGUGCGAGAUCAGUUAGCCUGCGCCAUCCUAUUGAUCUUCCAUUACCUCUCAAUCGAACUCAUAACGGAUUUGCGUCUGGCCUUAUGGCCCUGGCCGAGCAACUUCAUCAUGCUUCUCGUAGUCAAGAUGCUCCUCUCCUCUCCCUCCGUAUUGUAGGCCCGACCUCUCUUACUGUUCCAUCAUCGGCAACUCCAAAUAACAAGUUGAAGCUUAAAAGACUUGCACCUGGCUUUGUGGAACUAUCCUCCAUGUCUAAAACUAAGGCCAUGAAUGGUCUUUCCACUAUUAAUCCACAAGAAGAAACUGCAACAAUAUUAACCCCAAAGCACUUUGCUACAAUGUGGCCUCUUGCUUCAAUCAAUGGUUCCAAUGCUAAUUUGGUUGGUUUUGAGACACUCCUAUCAUCUUUGCUGGGGCCAAAAGCAAACAAGAAAGGUUCCUUCAAGUUAUUGAAAGCUGAUGUGUCAGCUCAAACAUUUGUGAAGAUUGGUUUCGGAGUGGAGAAGAAGUUGAAGCAAGGAGAUGGGUUUGAUUUGGAGGGUUUUCCCGAGUGGAGGACAAAGCCUGAAAGGGUGAGUAUGCAUUUUGAGGUGUUGGCCAAGGUUGAAGGUGAGAAAAUUAUUCCAGAGAGAGUGGUGCAGGUUAACCCGGUGGAUAUCGAGGACACGGUGGCACCCAAUGUGGUGACAGGGAACAUAACCAUGUCAUCCAUUCCUGUUGUUUACACACCUUCCAAUCCCUUCACCUUGUAAAUUGUUAAAGAGGGAAAAGGGCUAAAAUUUUGCGUAGUUAAAAAGAAACUGUAAAGAAGAGGAAUGAAUCAAUACUUUUUAUUUUUUUGGCUUGGAAAAUCUAUGAGAAUUGUAAAUCAUUAUAAAUUUGUUUAUCUAAUGGAGUUGAAGAUGACUUUAUUGCCAUCCAUCGAGCUCUUCACUCCCAUGAUUACUUGA